CAACCCUAAACCAACUCACGGUUUUUCUAUUUCUACUUGGGCCAAUAAAUUUCACAAAUUUUGCUUUCUCUGUUUCUUUGAUCGCAAUUUAAUAUUUUUUUUAUUUUUUUUUUUAUUCUUCUCUGUUUCUCUGAAAAAUCUGUUUCUUGCUUGACCUGGAAGGUCUCUCUUUUUUUAAUCUUGGUCAAUGUUCUUGAUGAGCCAAAGGCCUUCUGGUUGUUGUUUUUUAGAGUUUUUGAAUAAAUCCCAACAGAAUUGAUUGAUAAAGGGGUUGUUAAUAAAGUUAAGAAAAUUGAUAACUGAUAGUGGAAUGAGAAUUUGGGUCAUUAUCGUUUUACAGUGUUUGUAUAUAGGUUUUGGGUCGAUCUUAAGGAGGAUGUUGUUAAUUUCAUUGUGUUAUCGAGUUUGUUACGAAAUUAAAAUGAACAAGUUUUGAGUCUUUGGUUGAGAUUUCUUCUGCAGCUUUUAUAAUAUUCUGAAUUUAGGGUUGUAUAUGAUGUGAGAAGACUCUUAUAUAUCAGUUGGAAAUACAGGAAUAUAGGAAAUUACCAUAUAUUUUGUUGUUAUUUCCAAGUGGGAAAUUCAGUGGGAAAUUUUUAUUUAGUUACUAAUUAUCCGUCAUUACAUUGAUGAGAAAGCCUUUACCUGACCUUUUGUUUUUUUUGGUGUUUGUGGUGUACAUAGUAAGGAUGUGGCUUUUCAAAUAAUUCUAAGGUGAAUUUUAACAUUGUAUAUACGGCUCUCCUAUAAUUCACUAAGAACCUUGCCUCCUUGUAGUUGAGCGCUUGCUUGUAGUUGUUGAUGAUUUCCUGGAUUAGAGGAGUAAAUACUGAUUAAUGCUUUUCAAUUUAUAGGAAUUACAGAAUAUACUAUAACUAGAGGGAAGGCAAUCUGCGGUAAUUGAGUUGUUUAGUGUGGAAGUAUAUCUUUGCUAGUCUCCAACUACUUUUGGUGAAUGGUCUUCCUCAGAAUAACGUGCAUAAAUUACAAAUACACAUUUUUCUUUGAGUCUUGCUUUACUGAAUUUGCAAAUCUUCUAUGUUAUAUGCUCCUUGGUAUACUUAUGUUUCAGUGUCACACUACUGAUCGAAAUAUAUUUUUUUGUUACGUUUGAUGCUAAAGUUGCUUACUAAUCUGAUUUGUGGUAAAGGACAGAUUCUAAUAUUCUGUGGUGGUAUCUUAAUUAAAAAAAAAAAAAAAAAAAUGCCCAAAGUCCGAAGAGUACAUUCCUCAUCUUUUGAUGGAUCCAGGGCACCUUAUCCUUGCACUUCCAAGGAUGGUGAUUCGUGCAAACCUCCGAAUGCAGACUCACUGAAAAAUGUAAAAGAAUGGGACGAAGCUAGGUGUCCCAUAUGCAUGGAACAUCCACACAAUGCGGUUCUUUUAAAAUGUUCUUCUUAUGAGAAUGGCUGUCGACCUUACAUGUGCAAUACGAGCUACCGGCAUUCUAAUUGCUUCGACCAGUUUUGUAAGUCAUCUAUGCUUUACCCCUCAACAGCAAUACUGCAAGAAAUUCCUCUUACAAGCACAGCAUCUCGCAGAAUGAGUGAAGAACGGUCCCUGCCUGGGCAAACCAUGUCUUGUGCGAGCCAAUUGCAAUCAAAGCUAGUCUGCCCUCUUUGUCGGGGAGAGAUUUUUGGGUAUAAUGUAGUUGAGCCUGCACGUCAGUACAUGAACAACAAAGUGAGAAGUUGUUCCUCUGAGUCAUGUCAUUUUAGCGGCACUUAUUCAGAACUGAGGAGGCAUGCAAGAUCUGAGCACCCAUCUGCCCGGCCAUCAGAGGUGGAUCCUACACGACAGCGUGAUUGGGUUAGAUUGGAGCAUGAAAUGGAAGUGGAAGAUGUACUUAGCUUAUUUCAAACAGGGUUUGAAGAAGAGAGUGAGAGUAAUCCAUCAGUGAAUAUUCGUUCCUUUAUGCUAUCCUUUAUAUUAUCUGUCUUUUUACCUUCUUUUGAGUUUGUGGCCGUGACACAUCAAUCGGAUGAUCCAAGAGAUAGAGAGCACUCACAUAACAGGAGAUCCACAAGAAUGCCGAGGUUAAACUAUGAUGUUGAUAGCAGUUCUUCUGCCACUAGACGAAGCCACAGUUUUUAUGAGAGUAAUCCCCGUGCCAGGAGACUGCGAUUCCGGGCAAACGAUGCAGCAUCCAUUCCCGUAACUAGGAGGAGCAAUGGUUGGCCUUCUGAUCGUAUACCCCAUGCCAGAGGACUGCGAUGGCGCAAUCAAAGAUGGUGGUCGAGUUCCAACAACCAACACCAACGGUGACUGCCACAUGUUGUUUAUGAGGUCAAUUUGUGUCAAGUGCAGCUUUCUGGUUGAUGGAUGAUAGCUCGGGGGUACCUUUUGUUUUCUACUUUUCCAGAUGAAAUAGUUGCUGCAAGUGUUUCCAAUUUUAUCUGCUGAGAUUGGGAGAACAGAUUUGGAGAACAACAAAGAAAAGUGGCGUUUCAUUUCCGUUGCAACAGACGAAGAAAUUUCAUGUUCCAAUUUUCUGGACGUUUUAUGAAUUUUAAGAGAUAUAUGGUUGAAUUUAUCAUUGCAUCUUAUUGGAGAGAAACAAUGGUUUCAGAAUAAUGGUCAGAAGUGUGGGUUUGUCCAUUUAAUUUAUCACUCUCUGUGCUUUGGUUU